CUGCCGAAAAGCGAGAGGAUUAUACAUUAGUGUAUAAUAUGCGCGAGAGAUGCUGCGACGUGCGCAUAUAGAGGUAUAGGAGAGGCUCUUGACCUACUGCCGGAGAAAGAGAGGCGAAACUGGUAUAUCGGCGAAGGUUGACGGUUGAACGGUACUUGCGCGCCGAACGGCUAUACAGCAUCCUUGGGAUCGUUCGUUCGCACGUGUUCGAUUACGAUUCAGCGGAAGGUAAACAUUAGCCGUGCGCGGCGAAAUCGGCCUACUAAUGACUCUCUCUCUCUCUCUCUCUCUCUCUCUCUCUCUCUCUCUCUCUCUCUCUCUCUCUCUCUCUCUCUCUCUUUCUCUCGGCUCGGACAUGUGUAUGAUUCGCGCGUUUGUUGUAUGAUCUAUGACAUCCGCGACUGUUUAUUCGCUGGAUUAUUACUGUGUACCGAAUAGGCGUGUACACACGACCUAAUUAAUACGUGCAUAUCAAACAGGCAUAGUAUACAAUCAAUCGAAUAAUUCAUCUCCAAAAGCAGCGCCUACAUGCCAGAAUUCAAAAUCGAAAAAUCAAUAAACACGCGUACACGCACAACUCUAUACAUACAGCAAGCCGCACAGGGCGAUAACCCAGAUAACCGUGUCCUCCCACUCCCGCUCAGAGCUCAAAGUGUGCCGGCUGCGUCGAUCUACUGCUGCUUUCCCACAACGCGAGUAUAGUACUCGUACGUGUGUAUAUAGGAGAGUGGAGAGGGGUCGACAGGAAGAAACUCCGACGAUACGGAGGUGGAGGGGGAGUAGCAGUUCCCCCCUCGCGUGUAGCCCUGACAUUGCGCGCGCGCGCGAACGGGAGCGAGACGACGUCGGCGCAUCGACCGCUGCAGUGGUGUACACGCUCCGGUUGUCUGCGCGAGCGGUUCCCUUCUAUUCUUCGCUUUUUUUUUCGCGAGUGUGCUGGUGAAUCUACGAGGUUUUACAAGGCGGAUGAUACUGCAGCGUUGACGAGUAAAAUGGCUCUGACGUGCUGGGAAAAGAUCGCCGUAGUGGUGAUAGCGGCUGUGGGUCUGCGAAUCGCCGUCCGACUAUCCUUGGUCCUCUGGAAGAAGCUCAUCGCACCGAACCUCGGCCUGGGCAUCGACGUCGCCUCUCAGGGCAAGUGGGCAGUGGUCACCGGUGCAACCGACGGUCUCGGAAAAGCUUUCGCGCAAGCUCUGGCCAACAAAGGCCUGGACAUAGUCCUGGUGUCCAGAUCGCUGCCGAAGCUCGAGGAAGUCGCGGCGGAGAUCAAGCAGACAUACGGCGUCGAGACCAGAGUCGUCGAGGCCGACCUCACCGAGGGCCAGGCCGUGUACAACAAGAUUGGAAAGGCCAUCGAGGAACUCGAGGUCGGAGUCCUGGUCAACAAUGCUGGCACGAGUUACGAGCAUCCGGAGCUUUUCACGAACUUGGAGGAGGAGACGAUCGCCAGGAUCCUCCAGCUGAACGUCGCCGGAGUGACCGGCGUGGCCCGUCAGGUUCUCCCUGGUAUGAUGGAACGCAGGAAGGGUAUCGUCAUCAAUAUCGGCUCAGCAGCCGGAGCUAUGCCCAGUCCGUACCUCGCCGUCUACUCGGCCAGUAAGAUGUUCGUCGAUAAGCUCAGCGCCGAUCUCGCGGCCGAAGCUGCGCCGAGAGGGGUGACCGUCCAGUGCGUUUUGCCUGGUCCCGUUGCCACCAAGAUGUCCAAAAUCAAGCGAGCCACGUGGAUGGCCCCGACACCCGAGCGCUUCGUCGAGGCUACUCUGAAGACGGUCGGCAUCGAGCAGCGAACAACGGGCUAUCCUCCACACUGUCUCAUCCUCGGCUUCGUCAACGGCCUUCAAUGCAUCUGCGAAAAAGGCGCCGUUUGGUUGGUAGCCAGGACGAUGUUGAACAUUCGCGGCCGAGCUCUCCGCAAGAAGAUGAAAGACGCCGAGGCCAAGGAGUCGUCCAAUUCGGCUGAACAGCCGCUUCAGGAAUGAGCGAUUCUCAAUUUUUUUUUUCUUAAAAAUCGCUUCGUGUGUACCUCCCGUGGUAUAUACACAAGGACUUUUGACACGUACUGUGUUCGCGUCGGUGCACCGUGUGAUUGUACAUCGACUCUCGACUGGAUCAUUUACGUGGCUUCACACACACGCAUACACGCAUAGAAUUUAAUAUAUUACAUUUACGAUAUGUAUGAUUUGUUAUACGCAAGUCGUUUGUAACGAAAAGAGAGAGAACUGAAUAAGAGAAUAAAGUUUGUUAUAGUUUACAAAAAAAGAUGGUGGUGGUGGUAAAAGUGUCUGUAUGCGUCAGAGCGUCCGCACUAUUGUUCGAGAGCGGAAAAUUUAUGGAAGCGUUGGCCGAUAUUCGAGAUUUCAUAACGCACGCGUGCCGAAGACAAUUAUAUAUAGAAUCGGAAAUACAAAUUCCAUCGAUGCGAUAUUCACUCCGUCGAAACGUAAUAAUAGAAGCGGCAGACUGUAUGGACACAACGAAGGGAAGGAGAGCUGGGUCAACGCAUACGAUUGACCCACGCGCGAUGGCAUGUUUAAUUAAUUAACGAACGGACGUGAUCAAUCGUUUUGUAAAUCAGUGCCUUUGCCGUCGCUGCGCAACGUGUAUACGCGCUUCGUCAGCGCAAUCCUCGAAUAUUUUCGUUUGCACAUGAUACGCGGCUCGUGUGUGUGUACAUGGUUUCGACAUGAAUUUAUCGCGUGUGUUGUAGGUAUGAGCGUUACCCGGAACUUUUUGAAUUUGUCGACGCUGAGUUUGUACUUGCGGACACGUAUUUGUCGAGAGAGACGGAGGAGUGGGUGGAGAUUUUUUUAGAGGAUUCUUUGUAACGCACUUUGUUAUUUGUCAUUUUUGUUGCGAUGUUUAAGAUCUUCAUUGUAGUUAUUUAUGCAUAUGCAUAUACUUUGUAAAUACGAGAAAGUAAACGCAUUAUUACAUUUGA